UACGCUCUUAUCUAAGCCAAAAUUACAGUGAAAUUAUUUACUACUAGUAUAUUGUGUUGAAAAUGUUUCCUCUACGCAUAUAUGCCACCAUAUUUUGUGUCUGCACCUUCGGUGGCGGAAUUUGCUUGGGUGCAGACAAACCCGCAAAAUUACAGUUUGUUCGCUUUCUUGUGACUGUAAAUGAUACAUGGGCAGAUCCUCCCGGAUGUAUUGCAACGAUUGCAACACCAGUAGUUCCAGUAAAUAAGUCUGAGAACAUUAUGGUGGGCUCGUGUGACCACGGACCGAUCGAGUAUACAUUUCUUAGUCCGGGAAUGAACAAUAAUAAAUAUACUGUGUCAUUAACGUUUCACUCUUCAGUCAUAGAAGAUGCCAGCCCUCCGACUUGUGACCUCUCCUGGAACGGGACUUACCUUGUACCGAAAUCUCCCGUUAAGGAAAACCCAGAUCUCCUGCCAUCAUGCUUCGUCCAGGACUCUCGUGAAGGCUAUCAUAUGACAUCUUACUGGUUCCAUUUACUAGACUGGGACUUUGAAUAAAAUCAUUACAUAUGACUUUAAAAGGAA